UACUCUGAUUGCACCGUGGCUUACGAUCAUUUUACGUUUGUCACGGUUUUUUCUCCGCUGAUCACCACUCGUUAUUCGGUAACCCGUGUUAGUUGCUAGCUCCGUUACACUGUAUAUAGCAGCCUUUUUAAAUUGGUCACUUUCCUACGUUCACGCGAGCAGUCGACCGGUAGUUAACAAUUUUUGUAGUUAACAAUUUUUUAACAGAAUUCAUUUUCUGUUUUAAUACGAUCCUCGAUACUAGGGUCGUUUUUAUUUGUUAUAUAUUUUGUUUUUAAUUAAUUUAAGUUAUAAAAAACUCAAAAUGACCGAAACAAAUCCAGUUUACGGACCCUUCUUUGGCGUUAUGGGCGCGGCUUCUGCCAUCAUCUUCAGCGCUCUUGGUGCUGCUUAUGGUACUGCUAAAUCAGGAACUGGUAUUGCUGCUAUGUCAGUAAUGAGGCCAGAACUUAUAAUGAAGUCUAUCAUUCCUGUUGUUAUGGCUGGUAUUAUUGCUAUAUAUGGUCUUGUGGUUGCUGUACUGAUAGCUGGAGCUCUAGAUGAGCCAAGCAAAUAUUCACUAUUCAAAGGAUUCAUCCAUCUUGGUGCUGGCCUUUCAGUUGGAUUCAGCGGAUUAGCUGCUGGAUUUGCCAUUGGAAUUGUAGGCGAUGCUGGUGUACGAGGCACAGCACAACAACCUAGAUUAUUCGUAGGAAUGAUUUUGAUCCUUAUUUUUGCUGAAGUAUUGGGGUUGUAUGGACUGAUUGUUGCAAUUUACCUUUAUACUAAAUAAUAUGUUUGCCCCCAGCAUUUAAAUCCAUAAAAAUUUUGUUCAAAAAUAAAUCCGUGAACAUUGAAACGACACAAGUCUUUAUACAAAUUAUAUCAUAUUAAUAUUUUAGUUGAAAGGAAUUAAAAUUUUUAUCCUUGCUCCCACACUCUUCAAUGUAGUCGAAUAUAAUUCUUCAUUCCCUGCUUUAAAAUAAUUUCGUGUAGGAAAAAAAUUCUUAAAUAAAAAGAUGGCCAUUUUAAUGCAUCAAACAUUAUUUAUUCUGUGUGUUCUUCUAUUUAAAUUUUAUGUUGUAAAGAGUUAUUAUUUAUUUGAUUUUCCAUCAGUACUUUUAAAUGUUACUUAAAAAUUGAGGUCCAAGUACCUUAUAUAUUAAGUACUAUUUGCGAUGUGGUGCAAUCCAAUCUUAGUUAAGUGUUCGUUUGCUCUUCAUUAAUUGAGUAAUGUACACCAUCAAUAUAAAGAUAAUAAAACUCAAUAAAGUAUACAGCACAAAUUUUUAGAUGUAGAAAUUUAAACUCAUAAAUAAGUAUUAACAAUGUUUCCCCGUUUAUCUGUUGUACAGAAUCUGUAAACAUUUAUUGAGAAACAAACAGGUUACUGGUUAGAUUAUAUUUUAUAAUAGGA